AUGGCUGAUAAUAUAACAAAUGAUGAAAGAGAUAUAUUUAAAAUUCAUAAAUGGUCAGCAGUAGCAGCUUGGUCAUGGGAUAUAACUGUAGAUAAUUGCGCAAUAUGUAGAAAUCAUAUUAUGGAUUUAUGUAUAGAAUGUCAAGCUAAAUCAACAGGUCAUGAAAGUGAUAAGGAUAAAAAAAUUGAUAAAGAAGCUUGUACUAUUGCUUGGGGGGUAUGUAAUCAUGCUUUUCAUCUUCAUUGCAUAUCAAGAUGGAUAAAGGCAAGACAAGUAUGUCCUUUGGAUAAUACUACUUGGGAAUUUCAAAAGGCCACAGAUUAA